AACGCCAAUUAUUUUCGCCGAUGUAAUUAAUAUUCUAGCUAACAAGAUGUUUUUAAAGAUAAAGCCGCUCUCUGAAAGAAUCUGUGCUCAGUAUAGUCCGUUAUAAAGUUGGUUCUAGUGAUUACAUGUGGUUUAAGCGUGUUUGGUGUCAGUAUUGUUAAAUUAAUCAGAUUAUUUCAUUGGGGUGUGAAAAAUGGUACCCGGACAACUACUAUUAUACUUUAGUAUAUUUCUCUCAUUAGUUUAUAAAUCUUCAAGUGUAUGCAACAAAAUACCAGACGGUGUUGUGAAACUAAAAAAUAGGAAUGUGGCUGGAAAAUACUUUAUAGAAAUUGCUGGAAACCCAAAAAACUACACACCUCUACAAAGGUAUAACGUUUCUUUGAAAUCUGGUUAUCCUCAAAAGGCAUUCAUAAAUUUCAUGAUAACGCUAGAACCAGAUGAUCCUGAAAGUGAGGACCAUGCUUUGGGGCAUCUGGGCUUUGAAUAUGAUACCGAAAUGUUGGCUAGGUUUAGUCAUUCCUGCCCCAAUACUAUAGUUGAAACUAGUACAAUACACAAAAAGGAAAUUCGGGUUCACUGGAUAGCUCCUCCAUCAGGUAGUGGAUGUGUUAACAUAAAAGCCACUGUGGUCGAAUCGAAAGAAAAUUGGUUCAGCGAGGACGAAUCGUUAACCAAAAAAUUAUGUGAAGAAACAUUAGAGGACGAAAAUGUUCAGCCGAUAAUUAACACAAAAUGUUGUGCAUGUGAUGAGGCCAAAUAUGAGCUUGCAUUCGAGGGAAAAUGGACGAGAAAUACUCAUCCGAGACACUUUCCAAUAGACCAAUGGAAUACGAAGUUCAGUGACGUGAUCGGAGCGUCCCAUCAGUUAUACCAUGCUUUUUGGAAAUACGAAGCAACUGCCACUGAUGGGUUGAAAGAACUUGCUCAAACUGGAGAAAUAAAAACCCUAGAAUCGGAACUGAAGAACGAUAGCGGACACAUAAGAACAAUUAUAAAGGCUCGUGGUCUUCAGUAUCCAAAUAUUACGAAAUCUACCUAUGCAGUUUUUCGUGUAGACAAGAAAAACCACUUAGUAUCUCUCGUUACAAAAAUUAUUCCAUCUCCAGAUUGGAUCGUUGGGGUUGCAAAUUUGGAACUAUGUACAGAAAAUUGUACUUGGAAGGAAACUGUAUCUUUAAAUCUAUAUCCUUGGGAUGUUGGAAUCGAUAAUGGCCUUGAUUAUGAAUCUUCCGAACCUACUCAAGAUUGGCAACCAGUCCGAAGAAUAACACCGAAUAAUCCCAAUGACCCCAAGUCCCCAUUCUUUAGCGAAGAAGGGGAAGAAAUGAAACCUAUAGCCAAGCUCCGCGUUACCAGACAACGCCUUUACUCAAAAGUAUGCGAAAAUGAAACUGAAGUUGAAUCAGAUUGCUCCAGAACCGACUGGUUAAACUGGACACCCUGUUCAAAUAGCUGCGGCACAGGUCUAAAAGUCAGACAAAGAGCUCACAUGAACGAAGAACAAGCUACUCAGUGUGGGCUUAAUUUUGUAGAACAUAAGAUCUGCUUCGUAGAUUGUCCUGCAGAUGACAAUGAAUCAAGUAAUGAAAAUGAUAAUUCUACAAAGAAUUCGGUAUGCAAAGAAGGAGACAAAAACUGCGAAGAAGAUCCCAAUUGCCCUGAUACAUUUUGGGGACCAUGGGGACCAUGCAAUGCAACCUGUGGGAAAGGAACAAAGCGGAGAUUAAGAAUUUCGAAACAAGAAAUCGAAGAUGGUUGCGAUACCAGUCAAGAAGUAGAUUGCGACGCUGCUAAUGAAUGCAAUAGUGAGAGUGAAUCCACAUCAGAGCCAUCCAACCAAAUGUUUGCGGGGUUGGGACCAAGUAGCAUAAUAUUGUCCCAGGGACCGGUAGGAGAGGUGAUUAAUUGCAAAGUAAGCAGGUGGUCUUCGUGGAGUGAAUGCAUAUUACAGCAAGGUGUAUGUGGAAGAGGAUCCAGAUAUAAAUUUCGUGAAAUAAAGGUACAUCCGGCUAACGGUGGCAAUAGAUGUCCCAAAAAUCUAUCGAAGGUACAAGAUUGUGAGAUACGUUGUCCAUCUUCUGUCGAAUCACAGGAAUGCGUAAUGAGCGAGUGGUCCAGCUGGACCCCAUGUACCACGAAUUGUGGCGAUUCUGCUGUACAGAUUAGGACCAGGCAGAUUGUCACUCAACCUCCAGGAGUGAAGAGCUGCCCCCCAAGGAAAGAAAGGAAACAGUGCCAUCUACCUCUAGCUUGUACUAAGGACGGACAGCCUAUUCUUAAUGGAUAAAGCUCGUUAUAACCGCAUUAUCUAAGUCGUUAUACAGCAAAGCAGUGGCGGCUCGUCGGGUGACGCAAGUGACGCACCGCUUCACCUAAAAUUUCUGUUUGGUUGUGCAAU